AUGCCCGUUACUCAGCGACUUUCAAGCUACGCUUUUAGAGAAGUGGAAUCUCGCUAUUCGGCGCCCACGGCGCGCACACCCCCUUUUGGCACCGAAGCCUCCAGGUGCCCAGCUCGAAGGCGGAGCCAGGCUGCAGCCGCCUCCCUGGCGCCACGGAGAAGACACCACCCCCCUCGCCCCGCGCACUCCGCUCCCCCCACACACCCGGGAUUCCGUCGGCCCUGGCGCUGCGGCUCCGGCGUCCCAGGCCUCCCGGUCUCUGCGCUCCUCCCUCUUGGCGCGUCCGGCGCGAAGCCUGCGACGCGCGAGCAGAGCGCAGUGCGCAGCGCCGAGUGGCGCACGCGGGGCAGUUCCCCCUGCAGCCAGAGCGCAGCCGGAGUCCGCACCCGAGCGCGCCGGCCCGCGCACGCCCGGACCAUGGCUGCCGAGGGAGUCGGGCCCCGUGGCCCGGCGCACAGCCGCCUACCAGGUCUCUGGGCAGCAGCGCUGCUUCUGCUCGGUCUGCCGCGCCCCUCGGUGCGGGCGGAUGGGAAACUCUUUGUGCUGGAGUCUGGGAAUGGCUCAGAGGCCCUGGCAUUGGAGGCAGCUCGGCUUUCCUGCAGGAGCAGGGGCGCCCACCUCGUGUCUGCAGACGAGCUGCGGAGGAUGGUCCGGGACUGCACCUUUGCGGUGUGCACCACGGGCUGGCUGGCAGACGGCACCCUCGGGACAACCGUGUGUGGCAAGAAGAAUGGUGAAGAGCAGAGCGUGAGAGCUGUCGAUGUGAGAAUUGAGAGCAACCCGGUUCCUGGUAGCACAUACAAUGCCCUUUGCAUUAAGGAUGAAGACAAUCCCUGUGGAGACCCGCCUUCAUUUCCACACACCAUCCUGCAGGGACGCACCGGCUUGGAAGUGGGGGACGAGUUGCUAUACGUGUGUGCCCCAGGCCAUGUCACGGGCCAACGCGAGACCGCCUUCACCUUGUUGUGUAACAGCUGUGGGGAGUGGUAUGGCCUGGUGCAGGCCUGCGGGAGAGAUGAGGCGGAGGCACAUAUUGACUAUGAAGAUAAUUUCCCCGACGACAGAUCUGUGUCCUUCAGAGAACUCAUGGAAGAUUCCCGGACAGAGGCAGAGGUGGACAGGGAUCAGGGAGAGGCCUCUGAGGAGGCUCCAAAGCAGGACCGCCUGGUCUCCGUUUCUGUAGGGGGAGAAAACAAAACCCAAGAUAAAGUCUUUGUUCCAAUCACGGGCUUGCCCGGUGCUGGGAGCACUGUCCCCACGGACUUGCCGGGAUCCCGGCUAAACCAGAAAUACUUGUUAUGGUUACCUGCUCAGACUGUCCACAAGCCUAAGUUAGAAGAAGAAAUGGAUGAUGAUACCAAAAAGCAGUUUCCUGCUGGAGACAACCACAGUGGUGUGAAACUGGACCCAGGUGAACCCGAAACCAAGAUGAUCUAUAGCAGCACUGAGGGCCCCUCAGGGUCAUUUGUGGGCAGGAACGACAAGGCAGGGGAUCCGAUGCUGAGCAGCAGUGAUGAGUCCUGGUUGGAUGGCUACCCUGUGACUGAUGGGGCUUGGAGAAAGAUAGAGGAGGAAGAUAGAGACAAGGGGGAUGGGCCAGAGGGACUGGAUGAACGCAUUCUAGCUACUCCUGACCAGUCCAUUCUUGUGGAAGUUAAGAAGUCCAAAAGUACCACCUUCACACCAAGUGAAGACAUGACUGUGACCCAUAAUUCAGUUCUUCCAUCUCAAAUGCUAGAUGUGGAGGUAUUAACUCUCAGACCGGUGAAAGUGUCUGAGACUGAGGGGUCCAGCAAGGGGGAUGGUAAUGUGACCAGGUACCAGUCAACUAUACCUUGGAGAUUUGUCACAGAGACGUCUCCCAUGGCCAUCCUACCCUAUGAACUCCCCAACUCUACUCUGGACACACUAACAACUGCUGUCCAGCAGAUGCCUGACCACAUCCCCACAACUGUCAUGGCGGCCACCCAGCCACCAAUAGAAACCACUGCUUCUGAGGCCCAGGAUAGCUUCCCGUACCUGCUGUCUGAGGACUUCUUGGGACAGGAAGGCCCUGGCCCAGGUGCAAGUGAGAAGCUUCGUCCAACCUUUGCACCGUGUGUGGGGGACGAGUGUCCCACGUUCAGCAGAGGCCCUGUGAUCGCCACUAUUGUCACUGUCCUGUGCCUGCUGCUGCUCCUGGCAGUCAUGGGGGCAGUGUGGGGUUACCACAGGUGCCAGCACAAGAGCUCCGUGUACAAACUCAACAUCGGCCCGCCGCAGGCUCGGCAUUACCACCAGCAGAUUGAGAUGGAGAAGGUCUAA